AUGAUGAGCCGCGAGAGUUUAACCGAUAAAGAGGCCGCCGUGCAAAAGCGCAAGAAGGACCAUAUCGAUAUCUGUCUGAAGAAGAAUGUUGAGCCGUAUAAGAACGGUCCAUUCAUCUGGGACAAGUACAGAAUUCCCUACACCGCAUUGCCGGAAAUCAAUAUGCUCAAGAUAGACACGCGAUGUAAAUUCAUGGGAUGGACCCUGUCCUUCCCCUUCAUUGUAUCAUCAAUGACUGGUGGUGAGGAGCAUGGUCGCAUUAUCAAUGAAAACCUGGCCAAAGCCUGUGAAGCGGAAGGUAUACCAUUUGGACUUGGAAGCAUGCGAAUUGUCAACAGGUACACUACAGCCGUUCAUACCUUUGACGUGAAAAAAUUCUGUCCCUCUGUCCCUAUGUUUGCCAAUAUAGGGCUAGUGCAGCUGAAUUACGGAUUCGGUGCGAAGGAGGUAAACAGAUUGAUAAGCUGCGUUAACGCUGACGGCCUCUUCAUUCAUCUCAAUCACACACAAGAGGCCUGCCAGCCUGAGGGUGACACAAAUUUUGAAUCAUUACUGGUCAAGUUGGAGACGCUUCUUCCACAUAUUAAGGUUCCUGUCAUUGUGAAGGGUGUUGGUCACGGAAUUGAGCGUGAGAGUGUGGUUGCUCUGUGGAAAGCUGGUGUGAAAUACAUUGAUAUUUCCGGUUGUGGUGGCACCUCAUGGGCCUGGAUAGAGGGGAGACGACAAGACUAUGCUGUUGAGAAGGAAAACCUGGGUUUCAUUUUCCGUGAUGUCGGCAUUACGACGGAUGAAUGCCUGCGUGAAUGCGCUCCCCUCACAAGAGGAGAGGAUCUGCAUCUCAUCGCCGGUGGUGGUAUUCGUAAUGGUCUGGAUAUUGCCAAAGCCUUGAUGAUGGGCGCCGAAUGCACCACUGCAGCCAUGCCGUUUCUUAAAGCUGCUUUAGAAAGCCCCGACAAGGUCCGCGAGGUCAUUCAAAGACUUAAAAGGGAGUUUGUUGUCGCUAUGUUUGCUUGUGGUGCGAAAGAUAUUAAGGCGCUUAGGGCCAAAUCUCUCACAUUGUCUCCCUCAUUGUAA